UCGCUCUUCUGCCGUGGCGCAACCGCCCGCACUUACUCUAUCCCGUCGUCUCCGCCUCACAUAUCCGUUACACUCCCCCAAUCUAGUGCCCUCCGCCGCGGUGACUCCCGCAAUCUAGCGCCAUCUGCCAUGGUGACGCAUCGGAGGAGCUCGAAUCUGUCGCCGCCGCCGGCGUUUGUGUCCUCCCGCAAUCGAUCCGGCGUCGAGCGGCUUCGUGACGACGGGGUAUCCAAGCUGUGCGUGAACGGGCGACGGUCACGGAUAUCCCUCGAGAUCGGCUACGCGAGGUGCUGUUGGUCGGCGGCUUUCUGCAUCUGCAACAUCGUCGUCACCGGCGGCGUCGACUGUUCUUCUGCGGCCUAAGAGAAAAUGGUACGCAACGCGCAUGAUGAUGAUGCCGACGAUUUCAUGCCUGAUAGAAGGGACGAUGUGGAUGCUGGUAAACGUCCUCCGAAGAAGAAAAUCCCACGUAACAGGGGAUCGCAUGAGCGUCUAACGGAGCUCUACAAUGAAUUCAAUGAUGAUCAGAAGGCAGCUGUUGACACCAUGGGUAUGCGCACGCUCAUGAACCUACUUUGCACCAACUUGAAUAACAGCGUAUGCGACUGGCUUGGGAGGACAUACAAUCCCGCGUCCAAAGAAUUUGUCAUCCCCCGCCGUGGAAGGAUCCCUCUGGACGAGGACGCUGUUUACUGCACUCUAGGUGUCCCAAAUGGUGGAGUGGAUGUUCCCUACAAGGUGGACCGUGAAAUCCAGGACCGGCUUUUCCCUGAAAUGUUUCCGGGUAUGACUUCAAUGCCGCUCACCUCCGUUGCGGCCACUAUGCUUGCUGAGAUGGACAACAGUGGUGAAGAAUUCAAGAGGUUACUGCUAAUGUACCUCAUUUCAACUGUUUUUGCGCCGACGACGUCCACACACCUUAGUAGCAGAUGCUUUCCAGUACUUGCCAACAUAAGCAAUGUUGCCAAUAUGAACUGGUGCAAGUUCAUUGCUGGUUUCCUCCAUACCGCGCUUUCUAAAGGGAUAUACAACAAAGGGUGCCGUCUUCACCUCAUGCUUACGUAUCUUGAUAACCUUGACCUAAGCACUGUGAACCUGACCGCCGUUGGUGGCCUACCUGCACCACACAAGUUCGCUGCUUCUGCUUGGACCGACGCUGCCAUAAAGGCUGUUCUUGCUGCAGACGCAAAGCCUGAUGGAUCGUUCGGCAAACUGCAGGCUAGAUUUUCUUUCAUGCACUACUGA